CGGUGCUUUGAAGAUGAUGAGGUCGUUCGGGAUUGUAUACUUAGCUGGCCAGUCAGCAACGAAAACUUGAUCUUCUUUGAGGAACGCCAAGAUCUAUUUGGUAUCUUUGAAGAUCCACAGGAUAUUCUUGAAAAGGAUGGUUCGAAUCGACUGCCGCCCUUCAAGGAUUACUUAUACAUUCUACAACCGAAUAACAAAUGGAAGCGACGAUACUGCGUUCUUAGAAGUUCUGGACUCUAUGCCUCGAAGAAAUAUGGAACUGAGGUGAGCUAG